AGUUGAUGAAAGAAAAACUAGCUGAAAUUCCUGGUGGUGUUGAACAAUCUGAAGGAAGAAUUGCAUGGUCGGGUGAUAUAUAUGAUCAAGUUAUUAAUAAGCCAGAAAAGUAUGGCAAACUGCGUGGAGUUGGUUUUGGAGUUAGUUCGUCUAUUAUAAGAGAUAACUCAUCAGCUAGCCAAUUACGUUUGAUUUCUUCAAAUAAUUGUGACAAUGUGCAAUUUGAGAAUUUAAUUGAGGCGAGAAUUAAGGUGAUACAAGAAAAACAUCAAAAAGAAUUGAAAGAAAUGCAUGAGAAGGCAAAGGAAGACAUGAAACAGAUGCAUGAGAGACAAGAAUAUUUAGAGGAUAAUCUCUCUAAGUUAGUUGAAUUUCUAACAAAUACUCUGCCAAAAAAACCAUCAUCUCAAGAGGGAGCCAAUGUAGAUGAAUUGGAUGAUGACGAUUUUACCGGCUAGUCAUGACAACUUGAUCGGCAAAUGCUUUUGUUGGCAUCAGAUGAUUAUAAAUUGGAUAUGAUGAAGUUCGGCUCUCUUUAGGGAAUUUUUACAUUAUCU